CACCGUCGUCGCCUAGCCCACCUCUUCUUCCGCCGUCCGCCACGGGCCAAACCUCGCCGCGCAUGCGCAAGAGACGAAAUGGACAUCACCAGCGCCUUCUCGGAGAGGGAGGAGGAGACGGGCCGACCAUAGAAUCCUCCGACUAUGCCCCUCCUUCCGCCCCGCUCCCCCCUCAGGCCAGCCUACGUAGCCUCCCUCUUGUCCUCGGGCGCCGUCGCUCUCAUGGGCUGCAACCGCUUGCUGCUGAGAGCCAGGCCUCUUCCCCUGCCGCCCGUCCCUUCUCCUCCUCCUUCUCCUUCUUCUUCUUGUUAUGUUUCCUCGUCUCGGGUGCGCUUUCGGGGCGCGUAUGGACUCCGCUUCUCUUGCGUCCGCUCGGGAGCUGGGUCCCGGAUGAACCCUUCUUGCCUCAAGGCUAAUGGGGUUCCGCACAGGCCUCAUUCGAGUAUUCCCAGACCAGUUCAAUUAGAGGGGCCAGUAGGGAAAGGGAUAGAGGCUCCGUUGAAGGUUUUGAAAAUGAGACUGGAAGAACUUGGUAUCGAUAUGCAAACAUGUCUCCCGGGCCAGUACCAUAGCCUGCUUUGUCCCAUGUGCAAAGGGGGUCGUUCAAUGGAAAGAAGCUUAUCUAUAUUCAUCAGCCCUGAUGGCGCUUCUGCAGUGUGGACAUGUUUCAGGGGAACAUGUGGAUGGAAAGGCAGUACACGAGCUGCUGCGAAACCUAGGUCUUCAUACGCAACCUCUAACCAAACAAGCAAAGUCAAGAGCAUCAGGGAAAUCACGGAGGAGAGUUUGGAGUUGGAGCCACUCUGCAAUGAGUUAGUCGCCUACUUUGCGGAACGUCUAAUCUCUGCUGAGACAUUGAGGAGAAAUGCGGUCAUGCAGAAAAAGUGCGAGAAUCAGAUUGUUAUUGCAUUUACUUAUCGGCGUGGAGGAAAGCUUGUCAGUUGCAAGUAUAGGGACGUGAAGAAAAAAUUCUGGCAGGAAGCUGAUACAGAGAAAAUCUUUUACGGGCUGGAUGAUAUCAAAGGAAAAAGCGAGAUCAUCAUCGUGGAAGGUGAGAUGGACAAGCUUGCAAUGGAAGAAGCUGGCUUCCGCAAUUGUGUGUCCGUUCCUGAUGGUGCGCCUCCAUCCGCUUCUGAUAAAGAUUUGCCACCUGAAGGGCAGGACAUUAAGUAUCAAUACUUGUGGAACUGCAAAGACUACCUUAAGGAGGUAUCACGCGUUAUUCUUGCCACUGAUGGGGAUAAACCUGGUCAAGCGUUGGCUGAAGAGCUUGCACGCCGCCUCGGAAGAGAAAGAUGUUGGCGAGUAAAAUGGCCUAAGAAGAACGAUAGUGAAUACUUCAAAGAUGCCAAUGAGGUGCUCAUGUAUGUGGGACCAGGUGUCCUACGGGAAGUAGUUGAUAAUGCAGAGUUGUACCCUAUACGUGGACUGUUCACCUUUAAAGACUUUUUUGAUGAAAUAAAUGCAUAUUAUCAUCGGACUUUAGGUUAUGAGUUCGGUGUUUCGACGGGGUGGAAGUCCUUGAAUCACUUGUACAAUGUUGUACCCGGAGAGUUGACUAUUGUAACUGGGGUCCCUAAUUCUGGGAAGAGUGAAUGGAUUGAUGCUCUUUUAUGCAAUAUAAAUGAGAGUGUUGGCUGGAAAUUUGCGCUUUGUUCAAUGGAAAACAGGGUUCGUGAGCACGCGAGGAAACUUUUAGAGAAACACGUCAAAAAGCCAUUUUUUGAUUCAAAAUACGGAGAAUCUGCUGAACGAAUGGCUGUUGAAGACUUUGAGCGAGGGAAACGAUGGUUGAGUGAUACAUUUUAUCUCAUAAGGUGUGAGGAUGACUCACUUCCAAGUAUAAAGUGGGUUCUUGAUCUUGCCAAGUCUGCGGUGCUAAGACAUGGGGUGCGAGGAUUGGUAAUUGAUCCUUACAACGAGCUUGACCACCAGCGUCCUUCUAGCCAGACUGAAACAGAGUAUGUGAGUCAGAUGCUUACAUUGAUCAGGCGUUUUGCUCAGCAUCAUUCCUGCCAUGUGUGGUUUGUAGCGCAUCCUAGACAGUUGCACAACUGGGUCGGUGAGCCGCCCAACCUCUACGAUAUAAGUGGGAGUGCGCAUUUUAUAAACAAAUGUGACAAUGGGAUAGUCAUACAUCGAAAUCGGGAUCCAGAGGCCGGACCUGUUGAUCAAGUACAGGUUUGUGUACGGAAAGUGAGGAACAAGGUUGCGGGGACCAUCGGCGAUGCCUUUUUAAAUUACAACAGGGUAACCGGUGAAUUCAUUGACAUCGACGCCGAACCGAAGAAACAAUAGGAUCGUAUUCUUUCGCUCGCGCCUGUACAGUUUGUGAGUCGACAGCAAUCUGAGCUGGUUUUUUUGUAGUUUCCCUAUUCCUUCUCUCCUCUGUUCUCACUGAACUGGGUUCCUCUAAGCGUUUUCUUCUUCUUGCUUUCUUAAAUCUCUGAGGGGGUUGAACUUGUGAAGUGGUGGGGCACCGAUUCUUGUUUGUUUUCUGAAUGAUAGCCCUCUUGUGGAACCUUUCAAUGAAUGUCCAACGCAUAUAGCUAUCACCAAA